UUAUCGAUCUUUCUGCUGCUGGUGUGAAGACAACCUCAAACCUCAUGUUUACGUCGGUCGUCUGGCCUGAGCUGAGAUAGAGGAAAGUUAGGCCCCCUUUGGACCUUUCCUAUUAGUUCGUAACUUUAUUCUUGAAAAGCAAUGGCAGAUAGUGCAGAUUCUCCAGUUGAAACUCCAGAGAGUGACAAAACUCUAGAGACCCAGUCUGAUCGAGAAAUAGAUAGCGUACCAUCUGAACCUCCUAGCACGUCUGGCGUAGCAGACAGUCCAAGCAAAGCCAAAACAAACAAAAUUGAUAUACUACUGAAAGCCACAGGUAAUGCUCCAAUUAUGAAAACAAAAAAGUGGGCAUUAGACAAGGAUAAAAAAAUUGGAUGGAUCAUUGACUUCAUAAAGAAGUAUCUAAAACUUGAACCUUCAGAGUCAUUAUUUUUGUAUGUUAAUCAAGCAUUUGCUCCAGCACCAGACCAGAUAGUGAGAAACAUUUAUGACUGUUAUGGUUCUGAUGGAAAAUUAGUUUUACAUUACUGCAAAAGCCAAGCAUGGGGCUGAACAAUUUGCUUGCAAGUUAUCUCUAACUGUGAUACCGAACUAGGUUGACGGACUUAUACAAGAUCGACAAAGAUGCCUAAGCAUGUUUAUAACUACAAUGUCAAGAAUUUUAUUUCACAACACAGUGAAACAGAUCUAAAGGUGAAUGGUAAUGGAUCUAAUUGGAAUGGCACCUUUUUUUUUGUAUCAGAUACUUGUAAUUAUAUGCAGUUGAACAGCAUUUUUCUUAACAUUGUACAGUAUGUAUUCUAAACUAUAAGAUAUUCUAAUUUCUAUUGUAAUUUACAACACUUGUUUCUUGUUUUUUUUUUUAAAUCUUGGAAUAAUUUUCUACAGUCUAUACAUUAAAUUUUCUAUUUCAUAAAUCA